UAAAAGGCAGAGCGUGAAUGCCAACUUUAUCUGUGCAUAAAAGGCAGAGCGUGCGAAUAGCGACCAUUGCAGCGUCUCCCAGAGCACUCUAGACUCGGAAGAAACCCAAAGAAGUAGACAAUUGAGCCAUUCAAGAUUUAUAUCGAGAUCGAGUAAUAAAUAAGAAAAAAAUGGAAGAGUUGCAAUCUGCUCUGAAUGCUCACAUGGAUCAAAUGGCAGAUCUAGUGGAAAAAUUGACGGCUGAACUACGCUCUGGACUCAACCCUGCUUAUGAAAAUUUAGUGGGCUUCUUCCAUGCCAUUGAUUGGAAGGAACCUUGGUUGAUAUGUCUUCUUUCCUUCCAUGUGGCUUUGCUGCUACUAACUCUGUUGUCUAGGAAGAACAUCAACUUUCAAAUGUGCUUGUUCCUUCUUGCACUGGGAGGAGUUUAUCUUGCUGAGAGGCUUAAUAAUUUCUUGGCUGGAAACUGGAAAAGCUUUGCAGGGCAAAAUUAUUUCGACCCACGUGGACUUUUUCUCUCUGUACUCUGGUCCGGGCCAUUGUUGGUGAUUGCAAUCAUAAUCCUGGUGAACACCUUAUUUUCACUUUGUUAUCUGAUUGUUAGAUGGAAAAGGGCUGAACUCAGACAUCGAACAAGAGUAGCUCGUGGCAAAGAGGAUUGAACAGUUUUGUUCCUCCUAUAGCAAGAUGCCUCGGGUUUAUUGUUGAAAAUUAUGGAAGUUUGGACUUCUUGUCUCUUGUGCUCUUGCAGGAUAGAAAUUGUUUGAUUAUUUAUAUUUUUUAUUAUAUUCAAGAUCUAUAUCUGUUGGUCA